UCCGCCCUUCGUUUGUGUUUCAAUGAGUUUCGGAGUUACGCUGAGUGCGUAGCGUAAGGGCCGUGGCGGAGCUGCAACCGAGAGAUCGGACACGGAGACAGAAUGGCACAACAGAAGAACCUGGAGGGAUAUGUGGGCUUCGCGAAUCUCCCCAACCAAGUUUAUAGAAAGUCUGUGAAGCGAGGCUUUGAGUUCACGCUCAUGGUUGUGGGUGAAUCGGGCCUGGGGAAGUCUACACUCAUCAACUCCCUGUUCCUCACAGACCUGUAUUCUUCAGAGUACCCUGGACCUUCUCACAGAAUUAAGAAGACUGUGCAGGUUGAGCAGUCAAAGGUGUUGGUUAAAGAGGGCGGAGUGCAGCUGCUGCUGACCAUCGUGGACACACCAGGGUUUGGAGAUGCUGUAGACAACAGUAACUGCUGGCAGCCGGUGAUCGAUCACAUCGACAGCAAGUUUGAGGAUUAUCUCAACUCAGAGUCACGCGUCAACAGACGACAGAUGCCCGACAAUAGAGUUCACUGCUGCCUGUACUUCAUCGCCCCCUCUGGACACGGACUGAAGCCACUGGAUAUCGAGUUCAUGAAACGGUUACAUGAAAAAGUGAACAUCAUCCCCCUCAUUGCCAAAGCUGACACAAUGACUCCAGAGGAAUGCCAACAGUUCAAGAAGCAGAUAAUGCGAGAAAUCCAGGAGCAUAAAAUCAAAAUCUACGAAUUUCCAGAAACGGACGAUGAGGAGGAGAACAAGCUAGUGAAGAAGAUUAAGGAUCGGCUGCCUCUGGCGGUUGUUGGCAGUAACACCAUCAUAGAGGUGAAUGGGAAGCGUGUGAGAGGAAGGCAGUACCCCUGGGGCGUGGCUGAAGUUGAGAAUGGAGAUCACUGUGACUUCACAAUCCUACGAAACAUGCUCAUCAGGACCCACAUGCAGGACCUGAAGGAUGUGACUAAUAACGUCCACUAUGAGAAUUACCGUAGCAGGAAGCUUGCUGCGGUCACCUACAAUGGAGCUGACAACAAUAAGAGCAAAGGCCAGCUCACCAAAGUUGACACAGUUGAAGGCAUAAGUCCUCUGGCGCAGAUGGAGGAGGAGAGGAGAGAGCACAUGGCUAAGAUGAAGAAGAUGGAGAUGGAGAUGGAGCAGGUGUUUGAGAUGAAGGUCAAGGAGAAACUCCAGAAACUGAAAGAUUCUGAGGCAGAGCUGCAGAGACGUCAUGAGCAGAUGAAAAAGAACCUGGAGGCGCAGCAUAAGGAGCUGGAGGAGAAGAGGAGGCAGUUUGAGGAGGAGAAGGUCAGCUGGGAGGCCCAGCAGCACCUGUUGGAGCAGCAGAAACUAGACGCCUCCAGGACCUUGGAAAAAAACAAAAAGAAGAAGAUAUUUUAAAGCGUUCGGACCACCACCUUGUACUAGUUGCCAAUAAAGCCAGCCUGGAUUGUCUGUCGGUCGACCAAAAAGAAAACUAUCGCCCCUCCUUUUCACCUGGUGUCUGUCUGUGUGGUGAGAGGACAGCUGCAAGGUUAAGACAGGAGAGGGGAAGGGCGUCUUACUGAACUAUUACAGGCCUGAAAGUAUAUAAUUACGUUUACGUUAUCUGACCAGUAGACGUGCAUUAACCUCUCUGGACUCUGAGCUUGAACAAUCGUAUUUCUUUGGUUUAUAACUUACAAACGCUGUUUAGCGAAGUGGCCUGUUCCCAGUAAAUAUGUUUACUAUUCUUUAAAAUCCCCCCCAUUGUCUCUUAGAAGUUUAAUAAAGCAGAAGGCCGCCCUCCUCCUAAAGCACCGACAGACUCCAUCCGGAAAACCUAAAGGCUGAAAUACACCUCAGGCGAUUCAUUUGUUCAAUGUUUUGUUUUUUUUUUUUUUUUUAAAUAAAAAAAAUAAAAUAAAAAAAUUUUGCGGCUUUAAUUCUC